GGAAAUGAGAAGGCACCAGCAGUUCAGCACCACCCUGUGUUUCCAGGCCACGCCGCAUCCCUGCAUGCGCGAGGCAGGUGAAGAGUGAAGACUUGAGAGAGGGAGAGAGAGAGAGGAGAGAGACGAUACAGUGCAGCCACGCUCCCCAUGACGCCCUCAUAAGACGAGGAGACGGUGGACCAGUUCGUUCGCGUUGCCCGCGGCUCUCUCCUCCCUUCCUACUGCCACCCGACUCAUCUUCUUCCUCCCACACGCUUGGCGCGUUCCACCAUCCGUAGGUUGGCCUCGCUGGAGGAAUGGCGCUUCAGGCGCAUUACCACCACCACCGGGAGUCCCCGUUCCUCGCCAGCAGAGGCGGCGCCCCGGAGAGCAGCCGGGCGGCGGAGAUGGGGCUGCCGCAGGCGCAGAAGGAGGCGAUGCCUCCGCAGCACGCUCAGCCCCUCCUUUUGGACUUCGCCCAUGGAGAUUGCAGCGGCGGGAGGAAGCGGCAGCGCGAGGCGGAGGCGGCCAUGUCGCCGCAGCUCUUCUCGUUGCAGCCGCAGGCGCUGGGGCCCAAGGUGGUAAGCCUGGCGCAGCUGCACAAGCGGCCGGCGACGGGCCUCCGGCUCGACUUCGACGAGUGCUCGGAGCACGUGUCGUCCACGUCCUCAGCCUCGGCAUCGUGUCUCCUCUCCGACGAGCUCGCCGCGCAGCAUGAUCAGCACAAGAACGAGAUGGACCGCUUGAUCCAAGAACAUGCGGAGAGGCUCCAGCGCGUGCUGGCUGACACGAGGCGGCGGCACUACCGCUCGCUGCUCGGCGCGGCCGAGGCGGCAGCGUCUCAGCGGAUAAGGGAGAAGGAAGCGGAGGCCUCCGAGGCAGCUCGGCGCGGAGCCGAGCUGGAGGACCGGAUCGCGCGGCUGAGUGCGGAGGCCGCGGCGUGGCAGGCGAAGGCGUUCGCCGACCAGUCCACGGCCGCGACGCUCCACGCACAGCUCCAGCAGGCGGCGGCGGCGGCGCAGGCGCGGGGCAAGGCUGAGGAAGACAACAACGUGGCAGGCGCCGCGGACGACGCCGAGUCGUUCUUCGUCGACCCGGACAGGGUGGUGGAGGUGGCCGCGCCGCCACCGCCGGCCAGGCCGUGCCAGACGUGCCGGCAGCGGUUGGCCUCCGUUGUGCUGCUCCCGUGCCGCCACCUCUGCGUCUGCGCCGCCUGCGAGCCCGCCGUCUCCGCCAGUGCCCCCUGCGCCGCCCCCGUAGCAGCCUGCCCCAUGUGCCGCGGCGUUGUCACCGGCACGGUGCAAGUGUUCUUCUCCUAGCAGGCGAGCACCAAGGAAAAAAGGGGAGGGAGCGUCUUGAAAUGCCCGAUGAAAAAUCAAAUCCGAGCGAUGAAAAUUUGUAGAGUUCAUUACUUCUUUCUUCCUUCUGUUCAUUUGUUAAUUAGUCCCUCCAUUAGUACCAGUAGUUAAUUAUCUUUGCUCCAAGAAUUACCUUGCUAUCUUUUGCUCUGGUUCUUCUGGAUUUCUGGAAGGCUCAUGACCAAUAAUCAGCACAUUUUGGAAGGCAA